CCCGUCUCCGACACUCUCGCGUUACUUGCAACGUCACGUCAUUCCAUGAUGGCUGAAGAUUCUGGCGGAGUACUUUUUAAUUUCUCUCAUAUCUUUUUUUUAUUCUCUGUACCUCAGCUUGCCAUAGAGACAUGGCAGGACCCACAAGCCCGUUAAGUGUCCACAGAUCAUUGGUGUCGACAUGCCCAAGAAAGGGAACCGAAAACGGCUGAAAUUUAAGGCCAGGGAUGUUUGUUCGGAAUCAGUGACCGUUGCUGAUUAUGCUGAUGCCGACCCAGCCGUUGUGAAGUCAGGAAGAGUGAAAAAGGCUGUUGCAAAUGCAGUUGAACAAGAAGUGAAAUUACUCCGCGGCCUGGAAGCCUCUCAGGGUGCGGUAGAGGAGGUCCUCUCGUCUUCAAUGAGUGUCAGUGCUGACACUUUGGACAGCAGUGAUGACCUAGACCGUGAAGAAGAUGGAGAAAAUGAAACUAAAGUGGCCCGCAAGAAGAAAAACAAGAGGAGAAAGGAAAGCAGUGAGAGCGGGGAUGGGAGCGAGUAUCCAGUGGAUAUUUGGUUAAUGCUUGCCUCCUACAUUCGGCCCGAGGAUGUGUGCAGAUUUGCUCUAAUCUGUAGGAAUGCCUGGACAGUCACUUGCACUGCAGCUUUUUGGACCAGGCUUUACAAAAGGCACUACAAGAUUGAUGCUGACCUGCCAUUCCGUCUCCAGCCUGACUGUAUUGCCAUUAUGUGCUCAUUACGGGCCCGUGUGAUUCGCUCCCUUUUCCAUUUGUAUGAGCCUUUCAGCUUGCGUGUCUCGAAAAUUCCUGUCUUGCCAGAAUCCACGCCCACAACCUUGGUCAACUCCAAGUGUUUACUGUUCUGGGUCAGAAAGGUGUCAGGGACUCGGCCUGAGUCAUUGUGGGAGUUCAACUUCAAGUUUUUAAAGCAGCAGGGACACAGUAAGAAUGGUUGUGCCAAGUCCUUGUGCAUGCCCAGACAAUACAAAGAAGUCCACACAAACCCAGACACUGACUGCUACAUGCUUCAGGUCACCACCCUCAACUUCAUCUUCACCCCUGUGGUCAUGGGCAUGACGCUGACCCUGUUCACAAUCAAUGUUAGCACAGACAUGCGCCACCACCGCGUUCGUCUGGUCUUCCAGGACUCGCCACUUCAGCGGUGGAAGAAGAAGGUGGAUCAGGGUGGGACCCAGGUGGUGUUGGACCCCGUACACAGUGUAAAGCUCAUGGACUGGUGGCACCCACAGUAUCCAUCCUCACCCUACACAUAGGAGUCCUGCCCCCACAGCAGAACGUCACACCAAGAACUCUGCUGUUAUCCCGUACACUCACCAGAAAUAUGAUAUUGGAUUACGCUCUUAUGUUCAUUCACAUUUUGAUCAUCAUUGUUAGAUUCUAAAGAAAGCCAACAUUGACUGGCCUGAGAUGGGAUGCAAGCCCACCUUCUAGUGUCAAUAUCAAAUGUGUUUCAUGCCCAUCAACCACUGCAACCUCCACACCCUACUUAGAAUGUUAUUUAAACAUCAAAGCUCUUCAUGGAUGUAAAUCAUGUAGCGCAGAAUUGUCCAAUAUGAACAUUAUCCAUUAUUCCAGAGAGACUGGGCUUGUUAUCUAUACAAGUGUGUCCACAUAGGGACAUAGCAGUCCCUCUACUCUACUCCUGAACUUCAGCAAUGCCUUAGGCCUAGUUCAGAUGUGCACAGGUACUUUGUCAAACCGGGUUUUUUGCUCCUUUUUUUCUUAAAAAAAAACAAACAAAAAAAACAUGUCAACUAAAGCAUUGUUUAAAAGAAAUCUCUAAAAUGAAACACCUGAUAUCCAAAUGAAAACACAGUUGAUGCUGUAAACAGCAUGCCAAACCAAGAGUUGGCAAUAUAUCCUAAAACCUAAAGGCUUGUUGGCAAUAAGAAGCCUGAAGAAAACAAAAAGCUAUUAAGAUUGGUUUUCGGUGACCUUCAAUGCAGUUUGCAUGUGGACGAAAUGCCAAAAUGCAUUUAACAAAAGCAACAUUAAAAAAAAAAAGCACCCGUGGAUAUGUGGGCUAAGCCUUAGUCUUUCUGAAAACAUGGAGAAGAAACUAGAAGAUCAUAAUCUGAAAUCGGUGAUUAUUUUUUUUUUUAUACCUGUUUAUGAAAAACAUAUUGUUUAGUAGUUUCUCACUUUGGAGAGCUGGGAGGAAUCUAACUUCAAAUUGUUUUCCAUUGCUAUUUCAGACUAAAGUGCAUAAUGUUUUACUAUAUAGAAAAUACUGUGAUUGGAUCACAGUGAUAGUUAAUAGAUGAUAAAUAUUGACUUAUUGCUCAGGCCUGACAGAGGGUUGUGUACAUUUUUAGAGCUACCAGGUGCAUAAAAAGAUUCACAAGUUGGCCAUUAUUUUACCUAGACAACAUGUUUAACAUGAAUGUUGAACCUACUCAUGGAUUACCAGGUGGAACAUUUGAACUGCCCUCCCUUGGUUUGUUUUUAUGCUUAUUUGAAAAUUUACCUAAAUGUUAGUGCUGUCAGUUAAACACGUUAACGCAAACUCAUUUUAAUGGCGUCAAUUUUUUUUAGCCUAGCAAACUUUGUAGUUUUUUCACAUGCUGUUUAACAACUAGUAACGUUAGAAAAACUACAACACCACACCGGAUCUAGCUUGACCGGAAACAACAGGCACACCACACACAAGUGUGAAUGACUGCUCUAAGUGAGAGUGUUAGUGUGAAAUUGACUACAGUAGGCUGUUGUUUUUCAAUAACAAAACAUUUGCGCAAAGCAAGCCGAUCCACAUUUCCAUGUUGAUAAGAGCAUUAAAAUGAGAAAAAAUAAUCGGACAAAAAGAAAUCAAGGGACAUUUAGAAUAGAUAAAAAUGUGCGAUUUUUGUGCGUUAACUAUGACAUUAAUAUGAUUAAUCAUGAUUAAAUAUUUUAUAAUAUUUAAUCGUUUGACAGCACUAUUAAAUAUCUUGAUUUUUGCAUUGGUUUGAAUUUUGACAAUAUAAAGUGUUUCAUUCUUUUAGAAUCAUGAUUUUUUUUCUUUGUUUUUUUUUAUUCAAGGCAGCUUGACUUUUUACUGAAGGGUCAAGGAGAUGAUUUACCUCAGACCUUAGCCACUCAUUUGGGCAAUUUAUUUUUCUUUUUUCUAGUGUGUCUUGGUUAAAAACAUCUUGAUUGGCGGCUUCUCAACUUUAAAUGGCUCAAAGUGUUUUAAAGUGGUCUUUCUAAUGAGUGUUGAAUCAUUGUAAUCACAUACUUAUGAUUGGGAGAGAGUUACCAUUGACAUUGAUUUAUCAUCGUCAGACAACAUUAUUUAACUUGGAUUAAAUUGCAUAUAUCAAAAUAGUGUCAAUGAAAAAACAGUUGAUUGUUUUAUUCGUUUGUCUAGUUUUGUCAGACAAGUUACAUUGAAAAAACAACUUUACUGGAAUAAAAACUGAAACUGACCAUU